CAACUUACCCAUUUUAUUAAGUUUUAGAACGUGUUAAUAUAACUUUGCUAUAAGGUAUUAUGGUUUAAAGAAACUUUCAUACCAGCAAGUCUAUGAUAAAAAAUAUAAGCAACAGAGGAAAUCUUAACUGUUCUUUGUCAAGAAACAAGGAUUGAUGGCAGAAUGGCUCACCUAAAGCGACUAGUAAAGUUACAUAUCAAAAGACAUUGCCGCAAAAUGUUCUGGAAGCUUGGUGGAGUAAUUUUUUUCUUUAUAAUAAUUUUGAUUUUAAUGCAAAGAGAAGUAAGUGUUCAGUAUUCCAAAGAGGAAUCAAGGAUGGAAAGAAACCUGAAAAACAAAAACAAGGUGUUUGAUUUAAUGCUAGAAGCUGUAAACAAUAUUAAAGAUGUAAUGCCAAAAAUGCAAAUAGGAGCACCCCUCAGGCAAAGCAUUGGUGCUCCCGAGAGACCCUGUCUUCAAGGAUAUUAUACAGUGGCAGAGCUGAAACCUGUUUUUGACCGCCCCCCUCAGGAUUCUAAUGCACCUGGUGCUUCCGGCAAAGCCUUCAAGACAACCAAUUUAAGUAUUGAAGAGCAAAAGGAAAAAGAACAUGGGGAAGCAAAACACUGUUUUAACGCUUUUGCAAGUGACAGGAUUUCUUUACACCGAGACCUUGGACCUGACACCCGACCUCCUGAAUGUAUUGAACAAAAAUUUAAGCGAUGCCCUCCCUUGCCUACCACCAGUGUCAUAAUAGUUUUUCAUAAUGAAGCGUGGUCCACGCUGCUUAGAACUGUCCACAGUGUGCUCUAUUCUUCACCCGCAAUACUGCUGAAGGAAAUCAUUCUGGUGGAUGAUGCUAGUGUAGAUGAUUACUUACAUGAAAAACUAGAGGAAUAUAUCAAACAAUUUUCUAUAGUAAAAAUAGUCAGACAAAAAGAAAGGAAAGGGCUGAUCACUGCUCGGUUGCUAGGAGCAGCAGUAGCAACAGCUGAAACACUCACAUUCUUAGACGCUCACUGUGAGUGUUUCUAUGGUUGGUUAGAGCCUUUGCUGGCCAGAAUAGCCGAGAACUACACUGCUGUUGUGAGUCCAGACAUUGUCUCCAUAGAUCUGAACACAUUUGAGUUCAACAAACCAUCUCCUUAUGGUAGUAACCAUAACCGUGGAAAUUUUGACUGGAGCCUUUCAUUUGGCUGGGAGUCACUUCCUGAUCAUGAGAAGCAGAGAAGAAAAGAUGAAACCUACCCAAUUAAAACACCUACUUUUGCAGGAGGCCUUUUUUCCAUAUCAAAAGAAUAUUUUGAGUAUAUUGGAAGUUAUGAUGAAGAAAUGGAAAUCUGGGGAGGUGAAAAUAUAGAAAUGUCUUUCAGAGUAUGGCAAUGUGGUGGGCAGUUGGAGAUUAUGCCUUGCUCUGUUGUUGGACAUGUUUUUCGCAGCAAAAGUCCUCAUUCCUUUCCAAAAGGCACUCAAGUGAUUGCUCGCAACCAAGUUCGCCUUGCAGAGGUCUGGAUGGAUGAAUACAAGGAAAUAUUUUAUAGGAGAAAUACAGAGGCAGCCAAAAUUGUUAAGCAAAAAUCAUUUGGUGAUCUUUCAAAAAGAUUUGCAAUAAAAAACCGCCUGAAGUGUAAAAAUUUUACAUGGUAUUUGAACACUAUUUAUCCAGAAGUAUAUGUGCCAGACCUUAAUCCUGUUAUAGCUGGAUAUAUUAAAAGUGUUGGUCAGACUCUAUGUCUGGAUGUUGGAGAAAAUAACCAAGGAGGCAAACCACUGAUUUUGUACACAUGUCAUGGACUUGGCGGAAACCAGUACUUUGAGUAUUCUGCUCAACAUGAAAUUCGGCACAGCAUCCAGAAAGAAUUAUGUCUUCAUGCUGCUGCAGAUCUACUUCAGCUGAAAACAUGUGCCUACAAAGGUCACAAGACAGUUGUCACUGGAGAACAGAUAUGGAAACUCCAGAAGGAUCAACUGCUAUAUAAUCCAUUCUUAAAAUUGUGCCUUUCAGCAAAUGGAGAACAUCCACACUUAGUGUCGUGCAAUCCAUCAGAUCCACUCCAAAAAUGGAUUUUUAACCAAAAUGAUUAAGUGUUCCUUAAAAAUAAGGAGUUGAAAAUGAAUUUCUUUCUCAUAAAACUGUGACUAGGCAUACACUGUAGUUUUUAGAAAUUAUGCAAAUGCAGCUAAUUGUAACUUAUUCCAAGUGCAUUUUUCUUAUUUAUAUCUUCAAAUGUCUGUGUAGCACAGCUACAGAAAACCUGUAUCUGUUUUAAAGCACAAUAACUAGUAAUACCAAAGACCAUUUUGAAAUGUCCAAAUGCAGAUGUAGAAGAGAUGUUUACAGAAUGAUGACAAUAAUUUUCCUAGUAGAGAUACUUGCGUGUUUUGUACACUCGGGGAUAUGCAUAGUUACAUUCAUAUACUCACUAUGUGACUUCCCUUAUCUGUUUUGGGGAAGGAAAAAGAUCUGAUACUGUAUUUUUUUAACCAUAUAGCAAUGGAUUGAUAAAGGUCAAACAGUGGCCUUUGUUUAAAAACCAGGAAAUUUUUAUAGAUCUAGAAUUUAUUAUUUUUUAAUGCAGGUAAAAUUAUUUUGUGUUUUGUUUUCUUGUGUGUCAAAUGUUUCCUUAAAUAGGAAGUUGAAUAAGAAGAGAAUAUUUUUUAACACUUGAGUUCCUUGGCAAAUUUUUAAAUAUUU